AUGUCCAUCAACACGGCGAACACGCCGGACGGACUUGGUGUCCUACUGUAUAAUGGAGAAACCAUCGUGAUUUUUGCACAAGGAGUAGUAAUGACACUAGGAACCAGUGAAAAUGAGAAUUUGGAAGGACGUCGAACGGGAACCAUCUACCUCACAUCACACAGAAUCAUUUUCAUGCCAGACCCUGGAGAUUGGCUGAAAUCAUUUGAAAUUCCAUUCAACAGUAUGCAAGAUGUUAACUUAAACCAGCCGAUUUUCGGAGCCAACUACCUAUGUGGAAUCGCCUCGGCUGUUCAAGGAGGACAAAUGCGCGGAGAGGUUAAAUGGAGAAUGACAUUCAACAGAGGGGGAUGUAUUGAAUUCGGGCAAUCUCUAUUGCAAGCAGUCGAAAGAGCUGUUCGAAUGAGACCAGAGAAUGCUCCACCUGCAUAUUCUCCACCAAUUGGAGAUUUCUACUCUGCACCGCCAGCUUAUUAUCAGCCGUCGCCGGAUCAAGGACCAAAUGGUUUCAAUCCAACCACCGAUUCGUUCCCAGAUCAGCCGAACCCAUCACGAGUUUUCAUGAGCUCAGCACCACCACCAUAUCCAGGAAUCGGACCAGAACGCGGCCCACAUCCAACUGAAGAACUUCAUGUUGCUGGACAAUUUGAAGCACCACCAGCUUAUGGUUCAGGAGAAACAGCCGAUGGAUUGAGGCGAAGAAAUUAACUUGUAAAUUUAACAACAAAAAAUGACAUUAGAGAAAGUGUUUAGUUCAAAAUUAUGGGGAAACACGUAGAAAACAAAGCCAAUUUACCCAUAAUUUUUUUCCGCAUCGAAAAAUGAUUCCAAAUAAGCUCAGAAGUCUAGUUGCACACAAAAACUAUCUAAAAUUCCACCAUUUAUUUUUUGUUUUUUUUUUUAAUUUUUGCACGUCUCUCUAAAAAUCUCAUGUGAAUAUAAGUAAAAGUUGUGAUAAAACUAUAAACUUUCGGUAGACUAAGUCUAUGCCCUCUCUCUCUUGAUGCCCCCUCUCGUUCCCAGGAUAAAGUAUAUAUGUAUAAGUGGAAUUAUAUCUCUUUCUCUGAUUCACAGAACAUUUAUUUUAUUUUCUCUUUUUUUUCGUUGAAAAACACAAUUUUUCUUUUAAUUGUAAAUAAAUAAAUAAUUUAAAAUAUU